UUUAAGGACGUAAUUAACGUUAGCGACUCCAUUUCCCACAAAUCCGUGCGCGCCAGCGGCCCGGAAGUCGGACGUUUAUUGACAACAUGGCCGCUUCACUGGUCGAAGAUUUGAAGAAAAGUGCAAUUUGACAGCGGCCGCCGGACGUGUCCCCUCACGCCAUUUGCAUGUCUCAAGUGUACACUGCGGAUCGAUUCGAAUGAAGGGACCCGUCGACCCCCGGGAUGGUGUCAGCGAGCUGAGGAAACGUUCCGACUGAACCCGUCAUGUCGUUUUUCAAGCGCAAAGCCAAAAGUAAAGAACCCGACAGAGUGACCGACCCGAACGUCAACACGGGUCUCGCUGCGCCGGCGCCGGCCAAGAGCGACCGUGCCGUGCAGGAAGCGGCGGGGCCCAGCCGCGUGGCCAUCAGCGCCAUCUCCGCCAACAUGGACUCCUUCGCCCGAGGCCGCACGGCCAUCCUCAAGAAGCAGCCGAGCCACAUGGAAGCCGCGCACUUUGGCGAUCUCGGUCAUUCCAGCGUGAACUACCAGCCCCAGGAGACCCGCUCCAGACUCUCCAAGACGGUGGACCAAGUGCUCCGGGACAAUGCGGCCAUCCCCCAUUACCUGAGUUUUGCGGCGCGUCAGGGCGCCGACCACCUGGUUCGCUUCUGGCUGGAAGCCGAGAGGUUCCGAUCCGCCAGCUGGUCGCGUGUCCGAGCGCACAGCCUCAACUCGGUCAAACACAGCUCCUUGGCCGAGCCCGUCUCGGAGCCGGCGCCGAACAGCGCGGGAGACGCGGCGCGGCCCGUGCAGCGGGACCCGUCCGGCGCGGAAGCCGGCCCGAGACCCGGAACUCCCGGCGGGACCGGGACCCCUUCCAAAGCGCAGUCCGACCGCACCCUGCGGGAGCUCUCGGACAAACUCAUGAGAAGCAUCGAGAAAGAUGCGGUGAGCAUCUUCACCAAGUUCGUUUCCCCGGACGCCGCCAGGCCCAUCCCCGUCACGGAACCCGUCCGAAACGAUAUCGUGGCCAAGAUUUGCGGGGAGGACGGCAUGGUGGACCCAAAUUGCUUCGUGGUUGCGCAGUCGGUCGUCUUCGCCAUCUUGGAGCAGCAGCACUUUAUCGAAUUCCUGCGGAGCCACCAUUUCUGCAAAUAUCAGAUUGAAGUGUUGACGAGCGGCUCCGUGUUCCUGGCCGACAUCUUGUUCUGCGAGUCGGCGCUCUUCUACUUCUCUGAGUACAUGGAAAAGGAGGAGGCGAUGAACGUCCUUCAGUUUUGGCUGGCGGCCGACAACUUCCAAAACCAGCUGGCGGCUAAGAAGGGCCAAUACGACGGCCAGGAGGCCCAAAGCGACGCCAUGAUCCUUUACGACAAGUAUUUCUCACUCCAAGCUACAAACCCUCUGGGAUUUGGCGACUCGGUACGCAUGGAGAUCGAGUCCAACAUCUGCCGAGAGGGGGGCCCCCUCCCCGACUGCUUCACCACUCCGCUCAGGCAAGCCUGGACCACCAUGGAGAAGGUCUACAUGCCAGGAUUCCUGUCCAGUAACCUUUACUACAAAUAUCUGAGCGACCUCCUCAAUUCGGUGCGGGCCGACGAGUUCGUGAAUGUCGGCGGGCCGGCGGACAACGAGCGCACGAGUUCAAGGGGCGGCGAGGCCUCGCUGGCGCAGUCCGCUGGCAAAAAGACAGCGAUAAAAAUCUUGAAAAAUUUCGACGAGGCCAUAACGGUGGACGUCGCCAAUCUUGAUCCCGAGUCGCUGUACCAGAGGCCGUAUGCCGGGAUGACAUUCGGGAGGGUGAAUGAGUUGGGCCAGUUCAUCAGGGAGGCAGAACCGGAACCGGACGUGAAGAAAUCUAAAGGCUCCAUGUUUUCACAAGCCAUGAAGAAAUGGGUCCAAGGCAACUCAAACGAGGCUCAGGAAGAAAUGGCCUGGCAGAUUGCAAAAAUGAUCGUCAACGAUGUUGUGCAGUCAAACCGCGACAGUCCCGGCAAGUCCACCAAGUUAUGACCCCUGCAGGUGGGCGGACCCAGGCCACUCGCGGUUUACCCUGAAAGUACAGUACCUCGUUGUUCGUGUCCAUCGUGCUACCAAGGCGUGGAAGCGCAGCCGAGCCCUCGCGUCACGUGAGCUCAAGCUCAGUCCGGUUUGCGCAAAGACGAGCAAACUGCGGGAGGAUCCAACGCAGACUGAAUUUUGCUCGUUUUCUCACGACGCGCAACCUCCCCACCCAUGCCUCCUUUUUUUUUUUUUUUUUUUUUUUUUUUUUUUUAAGCGACCAUUCCUUGAUUUUAGAAGACAUCAAAGUUUGCCAAAUGAACAGUUUGGAGCGUUAUCCUUCCUCUUUAUUGACAAACUUUUAUCUGCGGAAGAAGAUCUCGUGUUAAACGUCUGAAGGCCUUUACAGAACAAAAACUCCUCCAUGAAUGAAUUGAAACGCUCCGCUUGUGAUGGAAAACUCCAUCUUAUAAAUGUUAUAUACAUUACAUAUAUAUAUAUACACACACAAUGUAGACUGGUUCAUCCCAUAUAUAAAUCUUAGUACUUUUUUUUUUUUUUUAAAUGACAACCGCUGAUUUUUAUUUAUUUUUUGUAUGCAUCUCAGAGACAACUGGAAAUUGAAUUCACUUUUUUUUUGUUUUUUUUUUUAAAGGCUUUUGAGCCUUACUGAGGUGUGGAAAAGAACCAGAAAGGGGUUUUGGUACCAUGUACCAAAUGUUUUCGGAUAUGUAUGUGUACCUAAUCUAAAUCUAUUUAAAAUGUCUGAUUUAAAUACAUACAAUAUAAAACG